UCUGCGUUGGAGUAAAGAAUUAGUAGUUUCCAUCCAAAGAUAAAGCUCGAGAGCUAAAGUUUCUUUCUUGGAUUGAGUAAUUAAUUAUGGGAUCAUCUUCAGGGCAAAGCAGGAAGUAUGAUCACUCAUUCAAGAUCAUUAUGGUAGGUGAUAGUGGAGUUGGCAAAAGCACUCUUCUUCUCAGUUUCAUUUCUGAUGCUUUUACAGAGCUUGAUCCCACCAUUGGUGUGGAUAUGAAGAUCAAGUAUAUAAAAGUAGGUGGCAAGGAAUUGAAGCUUACAAUUUGGGACACUGCUGGCCAAGAGAGGAACAGAACAAUAACAGACCCUUUUUAUAGGGGUGCCGACGGGAUCAUUUUUGUUUAUGAUGUGACACAGAAAAGAUCCUUUACCAGCAUAACAAGCUUCUGGACUAAAGAAGUAGAACAACGCUCCCCAAAGAAGGAUUGCGUCAAGAUAUUAGUUGGAAAUAAAGUUGAUAAAUGUCAGGAGUCUCAAAAAGAAGUAAGUACUGAAGAAGGAAUGGCUUUGGCAAAACAGCAUGGAUUUUUAUUUUUUGAAUCGAGUGCUAAAACUCAAGAAAAUGUGAAGAAAUGCUUUCAAGAACUGGCACUCAAGAUGUUGGAGCAAUUACAAAAGCAAAGGCAGGAGGAAUUAGAGAAGAAAAGGAAAGAGGAAGAAGAAAAGAAACAACGAGAGACACCAAAGAAUAAACCACCAGAGCAAGAGGAACCUAAACCUAAACCCGAAUCUAAAUCUACAACUGAAUCCCAACCAUCUUCAUACACUGGAGUGCCAGGUGGUGGCAGCGGUGGAGGUAAAGGUGGCUGUUGUUAAAAAUCUGAGUUAUUUAGUUAUUGUUUAAAUCCGAUCUAUCAUAAACCAAUGACAGAAUAUAUAUAUAGUAAUAUUCAUAUGUAAAAUAAGUGGAAUCUACUUGCUUGUAUUUUAAAUCAUGAUGAAUUAAGUUUUGCAAACCUUUUAUA